AGCGGUCAUCACAGCAGCUAGAGACAGCGGUCAUCACAGCAGCUAGAGACAGCGGUCAUCACAGCAGCAGAGACAGCCGUCAUCACAACAGCUAGAGUGACAGCUGCCUGUAGGACUACAGUAUAAGAUGACGGCAGCUAACGUUGAUGAAAUCUGGCAGCAUCUGGGCAGCUUCGGCCGCUAUCAGUGGACGAAGGUGAGCCUCAUACUCUUCGGUAACAUCUUCUGGGCCUUCCACAUGAUGUCGACGACCUUCCUGGCCGCCGUGCCGCCGGACCGCACCUGUCCAGCGCUGACCAACGACACCGGUAACGUGACCAGUGUGCGGGAGGGCUGGCCGGGGCAGCCGUGUCCACUGCUGGCUAACGCCACGCCGGAGGGAAUGCUGGACCCAUGCCGGACGCUGUCCAAUCUGACGUACGGUGGCUGGAAUGAGACAACGCCAGAGGACGAGUGCGAGCGAGGAUGGAACGAUACCAACCAUCCUGCGUCUAUCGUUACCGACUGGAACUUGGUGGGCGACCGAAAAUACCUAGUCGGACUCAGCGUAUCAAUAAUGAUGAUCGGAAUAAUGGUGGCCAACUGGAAGGUAGCUGAAAUUGCCGACCAUUACGGACGGAGAAAGGUUUACAUCGCCUGUAUGCUGGCGCACGUUGUUGUCGGCCUGCUGCUGGCAGCUAGCUGGGACUACUGGGUCUUCGCCAUGUUCAGAUUCUUCCUCGGCAUAGCGACGUCUGUAAGUGGUUUCCGGAAUCUGACAUUGGCUGGUCACACAAUCCCGCCUAUGAUGAAAGCUAACGCCAUCACUGACAGAAGGCUGCAAAGGUGGUUUCCGGAAUCUGUACAUUGGCUGGUCACACAAGCCCGCUAUGAUGAAGCUAACGCCAUACUGCAGAAGGCUGCAAAGGUUCGUCAAUUCUAUCGUGUAUUACGGCAUAUCACUGAUCAUAGGCGACUUGCCUGGAAACCCGUACCUGGUGUUUGCCUUGAUGGGACUCUCGCAGAUACCAGUGGAUAUCAUCUCAUUCCCCAUCAUCCAAAGAGUUGGUCGAAUGCCUUCCAUUAUCGUUUCACACAUACUAGGCGGUGUUCUGCUCUUUGUAUCUGCAUUUCUACCAAGAACCACGAACGUCGGAACCGACAUUUCCUGGAUCGUCACGACCGUAGCGAUGAUGGGAACUUCAAUACAGUCUUCGUCUAUACGGGGGAAGUCUACCCGACAGUUGUAAGAAAUAUCGGCAUGGGAUUCUGUGCAAUCUGCGCCAGAGUUGGAGGCAUAGUAGCUCCCUUUCUCAUUCACCUGGUCGGCGACUCGACGCGAUGCAGCCACAUGCCCUGCCGGGCGAGAGAAAAUUAG